GCGAGGGGCCGGGCCGGCCGGGCCGGGAGUGCGGGUCGUUUCUGCGCGCGCUGCCGGACGAGGCUCCCGCUGCCGAUUGACCCGCGCUCCGCCCGUAGCCGGGCCGGGACCCUGGUAGCUAAUGUCAGAAGAAAGUGACUCUCUGAGAACCAGCCCUUCUGUGGCCUCACUCUCUGAAAAUGAGCUGCCACCACCACCUGAGCCUCCAGGCUACGUGUGCUCACUGACAGAAGAACUGGUCACCAAAGCCCGGGAAGAACUGCAGGAAAAGCCGGAAUGGAGACUUCGAGAUGUGCAGGCCCUCCGUGACAUGGUACGGAAGGAGUACCCGAACCUGAGCACGUCCCUCGAUGACGCCUUCCUGCUGCGCUUCCUCCGGGCCCGCAAGUUUGAUUAUGACCGGGCCCUGCAGCUCCUCGUCAACUACCACAGCUGCAGGCGAAGCUGGCCUGAAGUCUUCAAUAACUUGAGGCCAUCAGCCUUAAAAGAUGUCCUUGCUUCCGGGUUCCUCACCGUGCUGCCCCACACUGACCCCAGGGGCUGCCAUGUCGUCUGCAUCCGCCCAGACAGAUGGAUACCAAGCAACUAUCCAAUUACCGAAAACAUCCGAGCCAUAUACUUGACUUUAGAAAAACUCAUUCAGUCGGAAGAAACCCAAGUGAAUGGAAUUGUAAUUCUUGCAGACUACAAAGGAGUGAGUUUAUCAAAAGCAUCUCACUUUGGCCCUUUUAUAGCCAAAAAGGUGAUUGGCAUCCUCCAGUUCUUCCUCCAUGGGUCUGACUUGAACUCUCUCCACACAAGCCUUCCAAGAAGCAUUCUCCCCAAGGAGUACGGGGGCACGGCUGGGGAGCUGGACACUGCCACCUGGAAUGCAGUGCUGCUGGCUUCAGAAGACGACUUUGUGAAAGAGUUCUGCCAACCUGUCCCUGCCUGUGACAGCAUCCUGGGCCAGGCACUGCUGCCUGAGGGCCUGACCUCAGAUGCACAGUGUGAUGACUCCCUGCGAGCUGUGAAGUCACAGCUAUACUCCUGCUACUAGCCUGUCCCCGACGGUCACCAUCCUUCAUUCUUUUCCUUUUUUUCUUUGGAGAGGCACAAGAAUUUAAGGUGCCAAGGAUUCAGUCUUGCUCCUUAUAAUUAAACUACAAGACGGAGGAACAGCCUGUGAGAUAGGAGGGGGAGCCCAUUUUGGGGUAAGCCUUUGGUUACUUGAAUUACUCCAUGGAAGACAUGGAAAAUGUCCCCACUGAUUCUUAAACAUUUGGGAUCCUGGUUUGCAACUGUUAAUGUAGAGACUCUAUCUGUUUUGUUUUGUUUGGUUUGGUUUGGUUUGGUUGGGGGGUGGUGGUCUGGUUCUUACACAUCUUGGAAGCAAGAAAAAUCAGGACCAAAGUCACUUUGAUCCCACUUUCUAGGAUAAAAAUCUUUUUGGCCAGUCAGAACUACUUCUAUGAAAUUAUUUGGCCAAACCUGCAGUGUGACCAAAUGUGACACUGGGAGUUUGUGUCUUUCACAGAAACCCUAAGUACAGACCUCUGCUGCUCAUCGGGAAACUUUAGAGAUGCAGGCCCCAGCUACUGUCACUGGGUUUGGAAAGCAUCUUAACUGAAUCAUGUAAGCAUCAGGACAAAAGCAGCACUUUGUGGUCAAAUGUGAAAGCCGGAAACUUCAAAGCACCUCUGGGACUCAUUGGUUGAAGUUUGCAAUGGAAACUUAAGUUUUCCCAAAUCCACAAAGCCUUAGCCCUGGUUCUCAACAGAAUCAUACAGGGACCUGGCAGGAAGUGAUUUUACUCAACCGAAAAUACUGGAUUCCAGACCCAUGUAGCUACAAGAAUUCUGGUCUAGGAAUCAGAGACCUGGAUCCCACCCAAGUGUGCAACUAUGGACAAGACAUGGGCCUCUGUGGGCCUCAACCUUCUCUGCAGACUGAGGCUGGAUGAAAUGUCAGCUAGGGCCCUUUUGGCUACUGGGCCUCUGGGAUUCGGUUUAGUUACUCAGUGUUAGAUUUUCUGCCUAGAAAGGUAACUAUCUAGAUACAAGUGGUUGAAUCCUGUGGUUUUGUUUUGGUUUUUGUGGUACACGUGUCUUUGCAAGAGAGAUGUGUCACCAAUUAGCCCUGCCUUUAAAGAAACUACUAUGUGUAUUCCUGGGACUCAGUGACACCAAUUUCGUUUUUAUAGUGAUGGUUAAAUUUGGAAAAGAUGGCUUUUGUGAGACCAGGUGAAGCGACCAGGAUCUUGUAUGAUGAAUUCCUUCCAUCCCUAAGACUCUGGUACUAUAUUGUAAACCUGGCUAUAGUAGUUAAUUACUUGAGAUUCUUAAAUUUCGGUCUCUGGAAAUGAACAUAGGGGCAGGUUAUUGCUGGGUCACUUCUGGGCCCCCUGCCCUCCCAGCCCCACUUGAGUUUCUCUCUCUGGUCUGGGUGAACCAGCCAGCCUGAAUGUUCUGCAUUUCAGCACUUUAGAACUUCCCUGUCAAGAUUUUAGCCUUAGCCCAAGCACCAGUUAGGUGGUUCACAUGAUAGCUUUCUACCUAUUUCCUUUCAGAUGUAUUUCAUGGUGUUAAACAGUGACAAGUAUUAUGUGUUGUGCGUGCACCUUCUCCGUGCAUUUAUUAGACUAACCAGCCGAGGCAGAUAGCUCAGUUAGGGAGAGAACAGUACUCUGAAAUUUGAAGGCCAGUCUGUUGUUACUAAGUUGUUCAUCUCUCUCGCUUUUUUACAUGUCUGGAGAAGUCGUUGGUGGAAAUUAAUUUACUUUACCUCAUUAAUAUAAUUCUAGAGUUCUUUUCACCAUGGAUACUAACCCUGGAUCCUCUAGGGUCCUGGCUUUGCUGGAAGUGCAAAAAAAGCACUCCCGGCUGCUUCUCAUGCCAUCUGAUGAUGAUGUGACCAGCAUUGCUGAAAAGGCCCAAGUAGGAGAAGUGGGAUGGCUGAAGGAGGGGGUUCAGAACCCAGUGGCCUGCAUGGGAGAAUUGGGUGGAGGCUUUCUUAGGUCCCAAGAGGGAAGACAGAUUAAACAAAACAAAAAACUAGGUAAAGAGGAAUGAAUCACCCAGCCCUGGGGUUUAAAUUCUACACUGCAUUCCUGGCCUUUGUCUUAACGUCGGCAUGGCCAAAGCUCUCCUAGAGAACUAUUUCAAUAAACCAGACUUGGAGAGGCUUCUUAGGUUUUUCCAGCAGGACAAGGAAGGAGUGGUUUCACUCAGCUUCUGGAAUAAGUUGGAGCCUAAGUCAUCUGACUCCAGGGGUUGCUUGCUUUGUUUUGGCUCCAAAGAGAUAUCAAAUAGUUUUGAUACCUCAGGAAGCUUGAACCAAGCUGUGAAACCAAGACCUCCCUGAGGGUGAAAAUCAAGGUGGUCUCCUUGUGGCUUCACCUGGGUGUUUGUGUCACGUUGCCUCAGCAGGGUGGGGAAUGACCAGCGAGGGAGCACCGUGAGCAUUUCUCAGUAGAGGGGAGCACACUGGUGAGACAAACACAUGAACCUCAAGAGCUGGAGGUAUUUUCCUUCAUGGAGAAGUUCUAGCCCAAUGCACAAACACUUGGAAAUUAACUUUUCCCUAAAUUCAAGGUAGUGUGGCGUCAGGAAAUGGGACAGUAAAUUGGGAGAGCCGAGCUUCACUUUUACCUCACUGCGUGGCCUUGGAUGAGCUGUUAAACAUCCCUGAGCGAUUCUGUGAGAAAGGCGAUCUAUACUCCAAACUUUAUUCCUGGUUAUCUAGUUGACUUUACUGCCACAUAGACACUGUGCUCUCUCUUUCUAGAAGCUUUUUCCUUUUUUCCCCCCUCAGCUGUCUUGUUAUUUAGGAAAUUUAGGUCUGAAUGAAUUGGUACCUAAAAGCUUCCAAAUCAAUCUGUAAGUUUCAGAAUAUGGGAAUUUUCUUCCUCUUCUUCCCCCACAUCCCAACAUGGAAUUCUGGAAAGUUGUGCCUCUUCCUAGAAUCCUGUUCUGCCUUCAUGGGGGAGAGACUGGAUGAAAUCUACAGAAACAACCAGAAGUGCCAGCCUGGCUUCCUGUCUUGAUUUUCUAACUUGCUCUUGGCAAAGGUUGCUUUAUUUUUUUUAUUUUUUUCUUGCAUUUUUUUUUAAUCCUGUUGCUGCUGCGCAUAUCAACGCAAAAGUAGCUUUAGAACUUUCAUAUUUCAUCCUGGUUUCACAAGGAGUCACUUAUCUUAGGAAGUUCAUUUAAGUCAGGUUAGAAGACUGGGCACAGUGGCUCAUGCCUGUCAUCCCAGCACUUUGGGGUGCUGAGGUGGGUGGAUCACCUGAAGUCAGGAGUUCCAGACCAGCCUGGCCAACACGGUGAAACCCUGCCUCUACUAAAAAUACAAAAAUUACCUGGGUGUGGUGGUGAGUGCCUGUAAUCCCAGCUAUUCAGGAGGCUAAGGCAGGAGAAUCACUU